UUUUUCGCAUAGUGCAAGCAUAAUACAAAAAUGUAUUUUUAUUUUCUAAACCCAGUUUCGUGUUCAAAAAGAGAAAGAGACCUAAAGUUUGUAUCACGCAUAUUCUCUCCCUGCAUCGCUUUAAUCAUGGAGCCGAGUAAUUUAGACAUAAACACGUUAAACAAAACAUUACCACCUAUACCAGUCUGGGAUGAAGAACCAGCACCAGCCCAUCAAAGUAGUCCUAAUGCACUUCGAGAAUUGGACAUGCUUCUGAGAGAUUCAACAAGUGCUGAUGGUCAAGAGACGGAGCACAAUAGCCACGAUGAUACACAGUCAGAUAGCGAAGACGAUUACUUGGAUGAGGAUAUAGACUUCAACCAAAUCACGUUUGAUGAAGUUGAUGACCAAUUGUCAGCUUUCCAAGAAGAUGAAAUUGUAAGUCAAGCACUCGAGAAUGAAAUGGAUUUACGUGAAUAUGCAAAACAAAUUGCCCAAGAAAAGAUAUCUGUUCAGAGGGACCUGGAAAACAACUAUCUUGAGCAUGUUCAAUCAUUCGUCGACUUACAUACAGAGAUCCAGUCUUGCGAUGAAGUUUUAGGACGGAUGGAGGAGCUUUUAAACGUAUUUCAGAGCGAUCUAGGAAAUAUCAGUGGUGAAAUUCAAAACUUGCAAGAGCAAUCGACAUUUAUGAGUGUCAAACUGAAAAAUAGAAAGACAAUUGAAAGUAGACUAGGGAAGGCCUUACAAGGGAUGGUUAUUCCACCCUACGUUAUCAAGAAAAUCACCGAAGGCGAUGUGGAUGAAAUGUGGUUGGAAUAUUUAUUAACCAUCAAUAAACAAAUGAGGUUUGUCAAGGCAAACCAGCAUCGACCCAUCAAAGCGUUGCGUAACGUUGGACCUGAAUUAGAAAAGCUACGAUUAAAAGCUGCAGCGACUAUCCGAGAUUUCUUUAUUUCAAGAAUUCAACUUUUAUGUGUUCCUAAUGCAAACAUACAAAUCAUGCAACAGUCCGUUUUUUUAAAAUAUAAAGAAUUGCACUUCUUUGUACUUGAAAGACAUCAUGAGGCAGCUAGGGAAAUUAGACAAACAUAUAUGAACUCAUUGAGAUGGUAUUUCAGUAAUCACUUUGAAAGAUACAGCAAAGGGCUUCUAAAGUUACAGACAACAGCAGCAGAUAAAUCUGAUUUAAUAGGUGUCGAAGAGAAUGUCCGAAAAGGGGGAUUGUUUGGAAGUAAUAAAGUUACACUCAAAGACAAAACAAAUUUGUUUGCGCUGGGUGACAGAAGCGAUACAUUACGGAUGCAGGAUCCGGGUGUUAUUAUAGUACACGUUGCGGAAGCAAAAGAGCAAAAAUACCAAUUCGAGCAACUCUUCCGAAGCUUCAAUUUGACCCUGAUAGAUAAUGCUAGUUCCGAAUAUCUAUUUAUAUACGAGUUCUUUUCGAGGGAUGCAAAUACUGCAGCCGAUACAGCAAAGAUAAUGUUUCAGUUCAUUUUCGAGCCAGCAGAAAAAGUCGGUAUGAAUUUUACAAAAACGUAUGUUGAAAACUCUUAUGAUGCAGUUGGCCUUUUAUUAUGUAUUCGAAUCAAUACACAAUUAGCGCUUGAACUCCAGAGAAGACGAGUCCCAGCUUUAGAAGGAUAUACCAAUGCAACCAAUAUGCUUAUAUGGCCAAGAUUUCAAUACGUCAUGUCACUUCAUAUCGAUAGCCUUAAGAAAAUGUUUAACAGUAAAUCUGUCAUGAGCGCAGUUAAGGAUAUUCACCCUCAUUACAUCACGAGAAGAUAUUCUGAAUUUGCCGCAUCUCUACUAGUAUUGAAUGAUGGAUAUGACGACCCAAUUUUAUCAAAGAGUGUCCAUAGAAUGCGAGAUGAGUUUGAAGCAGUAUUGUCACGAAUGUCUCACGAAUUUCCUGAAUCACCUAGACGUAUCGCAUUUCUCAUCAAUAACUAUGACCUGAUUGUGUCUGUGUUCCAAGAAACGCAUAGUCGGGCAGUGGAGGGAGAAUUAGAUUACAUGAGACAACUGCUACAAUUGCAAACAAGUGCCUUUGUGGACGAACAACUCAAACCUUAUUUCGGUGCACUUGUUGAUUGUGUCAAGAAAUCCGAACAACAACCGCAGCUCGUCAUGGAAAUACCCGAUUUGGAAAGAAUAUCCUCUCAUUUUGCGCAAACUUGGCGCCAAUCCCUGAAAUCCAUCAAUGCUUCUGUGAUUCAAUACUUUUCCAAUUUCAAAAAUGGUACUACUGUACUUCAUGCUGUACUGGGACAAUUAAUAGUGUAUUACACAAAGUUUCUGGAUAUUUUGGAAAAAAGAAACUUGCGUAUUCAUCCUGUGGGUGUCCAAACCGUCAUGGUAGAAAUUAAAAAGUUCAGAAGCACAUUUUAAAAAUGAAAAAAAAAAAAGUAAAAUAAAAAUUCGUCCGUUUGCCCAACGUGGCAUGGCUAUCAAA